AAACAGCCACACCAAUGUAGUGAAAAUCUAAAAGAAACAAAAAUCUAAUAAGUUUAGCGAGAGAGUGGGGUGCAUUUAAAGAAAACCUAAUCAAAAUAUCGAGGUCAUUUGUACGGCAGGAAGCAUCACAACAACCAAAAGAAAAAUUGCCAAUUGAAUUGUGUGUGUAACCCGCAAGGACUUGAAAAGCAACGGCCUGUCCACGAGAAGAAGAAGCGCAGGGUCGGCGUGGUGCGUAGUUGGUGUGCGUGUUUGUGUGAGUGAGUGAGUGCGAGCGAAAUUGCGUAUUAAGAAACGAAACAACAACAACUACGGCUCGAAAAAGAAAGCCUCGAAAAAAAUCCAAAUACAUAUAUUGAAAACUGCAGACGCAGGCACACGAGAAAUUUCCAAAACCCAAAAGCUCCACCGAUUGCUUCGCGAUUGCCUUACAACAGCAACUACAACAAAAACAGCUUAUUUCAUGGGUCUGACAGAUCAAGAUUGGAUCGGCUGUGCGGUGUCCAUUACGUGCGACGAAGUCUUGGGCGUCUUCCAGGGUCUGAUCAAGCAAAUAUCCGCGGAGGAAAUAACCAUCGUGCGCGCCUUCCGCAAUGGCGUCCCGUUGCGCAAGCAGAACGCCGAGGUGGUGCUCAAGUGCACGGACAUACGGAGCAUCAACCUCAUCGAGCCGGUCAAUCAGGAUGUGGAAACGCACUCGACGCCCACGGUGAUGAACAAGCCCACGCCCGUCAAGUUGCCGCACUUUUCCAAUAUUCUCGGCAAGCAGCAGCAGUUGCAGCAGCAGCAACAACAACUUCAGUUGCAGCAGCAGCAGCAAGAACAGGAUCUGCCACUGUCAUCCAGGGGCAAGGCGAAUGGCUAUGGACGAGGAGAAGGCGGUGGAAAUGGUGCUGGCAAUGCAGCUACUUCGACGCUUAGCGAUAAAAUGCACCAACUAAAGCUCAUGGAGGCGAAUGGACUCAAUGGUACAAGGAGAACGCCGCAGAACUCGCGUGCGCCCAGCGCUCAGCAGCAGCAGCAGCAGCAGCAAAUGUCGACGACUCCGAAUAGUGUGGCGGCAUUCUUUGGCAACAUGAUACCGCCCAAGGUGGAGGUGAAGCUCGGGGCCGCUGUUGCAGCCGUCUACAUUGGGAACAAUCGGGAGAGCUACUGCAGCAGCAGUGCGGACGGUAGCAGUGGCAGUGGCGAGGCAGCAGCGGCGGCAGCCAGCAGCAGGCCCAUCGAUAUCAUCAGCAACGGCGAUGGAUACUACAAACAGCCGCAGGCAGCUUCCAGCUACGGCAAUGGCAACGGCAGAAGAAAUGGAAAUGGCAAUGGCAACGGAAACGGCUCUUACACCAAUAGCAAUGGAAAUGGCAACGGGAAUGGAAAUGGAAACGGCAAUGGCAAUGGCAAGAAUAAACGAAAUAGAGUGCGACGUGAGAGCAGCAUGCGGCAGACAUUUGGCAGCGAAGCGGAUGAUCCACUGCUGCAGGAAGAGUUCGAUUUUGAGGGUAAUCUGGCGCUGUUCGAUAAGCAGGCCAUUUGGGAGAACAUCGAGUCGACGCGGCCCGAUGCGGCGCGUCAACCCGUGAAGCAUCAUCAUCAUCAUCAGCCGGAGCAAAAGUAUCGGCACGACGAGAACAUUCUGGCCAGCAAGCCACUUCAGCUGCGACAGAUCGAGAGCAUUUUUGAUGGCAGCAAGGACUUUGUGACUGACGACGGGCUGAUCAUACCAACCAUACCGGCCUUUGUGCGCAGCAAGAUUGAGCUGUGUGCCGAGAAGUCGGGAUUGUCGUUGCAGCGUCAGAUUGAUAUAUUGGCGCGCGGUGCCAGCGACCUGGCCAUCACACUGCUGGGCGGUGCUAGACGCCUGACGCCGGCCAAUAAUCAUCAGUGGCCCAAGAUAGCCAUCAUCUGUGAUGGCGUCAAGAAUAUGAGAACAAUUAACAUUGGAGCCGCAACGGGUCGACAGCUGGCCUCUCAUGGCCUGACCGUGUUGCUGUAUGUGGAGCAGGCGCAGCUGGUGGGCCAAAGCGUGGAGAUUGCCUUAUUUAAGGCCACUGACAAUGUCAUAGUCCAUGCCGUGGAUGCUUUGCCCACGCCAGAUCUUGUGAUAUUAUCGACUAACACCGCUACUCUAUCGGAUGCAAUCAAGAAUUGGCUCAGGUUGAAUCGCGCCUCAGUGCUUGCCAUAGAUCCGCCACCGUGUGGUAUUAAUGAUGUGGCUAUCAAAUACUCUAUACUACCUAUACUACCAUUGAAUGGCAUAUCAACAGCAGCAGCAGCAGCAGCUACAGCUUCAUCUUCAUCGUCGGCUGCAGCUACACCAACGCCCCUACCGAGCACAUCUUCGGCUGCAGCAGCAGCAGCAGCUGUGGCAGCAGCAGUGGCAGCUUCUGCCAAACCAGCAACCCCUUCAUCAACGAACAAUUGUGGCAAAUUGUAUUUAUGUAACUUAGGUAUACCGGAUAAAUUCUAUCGUGAUUGUGGCAUUAAGUACAAAAGUCCGUAUGGACAUAAAUAUGUGAUACCGAUUCACUCAAAGGACUGAAACAACAAACAAACAACAACAUAACCGACAGCAACAUCAACAACAACAGCAAUCAAAUCAAUCAAUCAACAAGAACACUACACAACACACUCAUCCAUACACACACACAAACACACACGCACACACACUUUUGUGAUGAGAUGUUCCAUCAGUCCAUCAGUUUCCUGUGAAUCUAGCUCUUAGUAGUCCUCUCUCUCUCUCUCUCUCUCUUUAUCUAUCUGUCUAUCUGUUUAUCUCUCAUAUCUAACUCGAUUUCAACAUUUUGUUCAACGACGCGUAUACAUUUAGAUACUUAAGAUAAGUUUACACACACACAACCACUCCCCCACCCCCUUUCUAUCUUAUAUAUUUUAGUAAUUAUUCUACUCUUUGCCUUACAACACUUUAAUCCAUCAAAAAAGCUGCCAAUCUUAGCACUUUUAUCAACAUAAUUUAGUCUAUUUCUUUUAACUUUAAUUUUUUGUAAAUCUUUAAUUCGAUUAUUUCACCUUUUGUUCUGAAUAGCUAGUCCAGCAUUUAAACAAGUUUCAAAAGCUUUGGGAACUCAUUUACCUAGGCAACUAUUUUAAUUCUCCUUUAAUUUUAUUUGCAUACCCCACUCCCCCCACAUCAUACAGCCUUUAAAAGUGGUCUUCAAACGUAAUAUUCAGCAUAACAAAUCGUUUGUAAAUAAUCAAUUCUAUGGGAAAGAUCAUAUGUUAAUUAUUGUGAAGAGUGGAGCAGCGUGCGCAAUAAAUGCCAAAUUCAAUGUCUAAUUUUAAGCACUAAAAUCAACAACUAAUUGUACUAUACAAAAGCAGAAUACAAAUUCAAGUAUAAAAUCAAAUCAGUAGCUAAGUUAGUUCGUAAGAGAUUCCCGUAAGAGUUGAAAAGAAAAAUGUUAAAACCAGAAACCACAAACCACAGACCACAGACCAUACCCUACUAUACCAUACACAGAGACAGAGGAUACACUUUCUAUAUAUUGUCGUAGUAGAUCUAUUAUAUAAGCGAUAAUGCGUCGUCCUGGAGAGAGAGCAUAAUUUUGUACCCAUCGAAUACUGGAGAGAGUAAAACCAACACAAAUUAAACAGAAGAAAAACCGAACAGCAAUAUUUAAAUGUAAAUUCUAAAGUGUAGAUCGAUGAUCGAUUUUAUAUCAAGUUAAAUCCAAUCAAAUAGUUCAAAAUUUUUAACCAACAACAAAAUACAAUUAAACUUAAACAUUUAAACGAAAUGAAUUGUUGUAAAAAUAGUAAUUAAAUUAAAUUAGUUUCUAAAGUCCAUUCAUGUUGAUGAUCAUCAAGAGCAAAUUCAAUUUCCUAGAUUUCCAUGCAUUAUAGUAAUAGUGUGUAACUGAGAGUUAUAGCCGGACGCCCCACACAACCCCCAAGCCCCCCCGUCCGCAACGACUGUUUUGAGUUAGGAGUUAGGAGAGUCAAGACACGAGACACAAGAUCUUGAACCAAGGAUGUACAAAGUGGAGAAGCGUUGGGAGCAUUUGAGAAGGUUUUCCAAUCCACAAGACAACAUCAACAACAGUACAGAGAACAACCCAGAAACCACCCAAAAAUGUCUACAAACAAUCCAGACACUUUUUUGGCGGUUACUCGAAAACGCUUUAAAAUUGUAAAAGAAAUAUUUAUCUAUCUUUCGGGCCAAUUGAAAUUGUUAAACAUACAAGAAUGAAGACCUAAUUUUAAAUACGUAUCGUAUAUAUAUCUAUA